ACCUGCAGAGGGACAAGUCCACACACCAAACCCGGGCAGCUCCCACAACUACACAUCCAAGUUUCCAAAAUGGCGGAGCAAAACGAGACCCGUGAUGAGUGGGCAUGCUAACAGACUUUAACUACCAUGGAUUAACUUCAGAUUAUUACACAUGGCUGGCCCAAUGAAGCCUAACUCAAGGUGGUGAAGAUGGUGUUUUGAAACGUCACUGCGAAUUGGGAGAGAAAAACGUCGGACAUCAUGAUCGACCUGAGCUUCCUGACGGACGAUGAGCAGGAGGCCAUUCUGGCUGUUCUGAAAAGAGACGCAGAGCUGAAGAAAGCCGAGGAGAAGCGAGUCCAGAGGCUGCAGCAGAUGGUAGAGGACAAAGGGCAGCUGAAGUACCUAACGGGAGAAUGGUUUUAUGAGACCAAACAACUUCGGCACCAGGAGAGAAUCCACGGCUCUGAUAUCAUCUGGGCCUCCAUGAAACACACUCACAAACCCAUCACUAUAUUGGAGCUCUCUCAGAUGAUGCCGGAGAGACCCAGUUUUGUGAGCAGUGAGAAUCAGGACGUGUUUGUUCCAGCUGUCCUCUCUGGUCUGUUACAGGAGCCUCGAACUCCGCCCGGCAACAGCUGGGAUCAUGUCGAGAACACAUAUGAACAAGUGACCUCCAAACCACUGUCACCCACAAAACAGAGGAUAAAUCCUUUUAACAGUGGACCAGAGGAGCCUGCGUGUACAGAGGACACAGAGCAGCCAUCACAGACAACACAACAAUCUCCAUACUCACAAACUGAAGAGUACAUCUUACCAACGGAUCUUGUCAAUCCUUUUGGUCCUUUACAAAACCUGGGCCCCACCUAUUUGAUUGACCCCAUUUCACCAAAGUCACCUCUCCAACCUGUACCUGAAGAAAACAUCACCAGUAUUACAAAUGAUUAUAUUAACGAAAUGGAAGACUUGUCCAAUGAUGCUGCUCCAAGGGGAAUCCUAAAGUCAGAUCCUGUAGUUUUAGAUGAACAGAAGUCAACCCAAGCAGAAUCUCCUACUGAACAAUGGAUAGAUAAGAAACAGGUGAGGUUUAUCAAGAGGAAUGAUGGGAAAGAAGUGGGAGAACACAGCCUUUUGGAUGUGGACUCGUUUACUCCACAAGAAGAGGAGAGAAAAGAAGCAGAGCAUCGUACAGAAGCAGAGGAUGGAGCAAAACCGAAGUCUGAAGUCAAAUCAACAGACAGCGAGGUGGCAAUGCAAGAAGGAAGCCAAGAGGAAGUUACUAAUGAUCAGACAGAGAAAUAUCAGAGCCAAAGUUCAGUACCCUCUUUAAUAUCAGCUGUACUGGAGUCACAUGAAGCUGUCCAUGUUGAGAACCAGCCAGAGGAAGACCACACACCUCCCAUCACUGAAGCUUCUUCCCUCAUUGAAGCCCAUCUCAUCACCGAAAAAAAACUGACCAAUGAAAUCUCAAAGAAAUCGUCCCAUGCGGUUUCACCAUCAGCUAAACAGCGACUUUUGGGAUUUUUUAAACGAGACAAGACUAAAAGUACUGAAACAAAGAAGCAGAAACCAAGUGAAAAUGAGGAUAAAUUAAUUUUACAAGAUGAAGCAGUGGUAUCUGUAGAAGCCCCAUUACAGAUAACUGAAGAUAGAGAAAAAAGUACACCUGAACUGAACACAUCAUCUGAGAACACUGGUUCAAAAAUAGAAGUAAACAGAGAAGAAGUUCUGCAAAUUACAAAAACAGAAUCCUUACAAAUUACUCAAGCAAAUCUACAUACACAAAAUGUACUCGGUAAUGUCUCAGGAAGUGAAAAUGAUGUUGAAAUUGUGGCCAAAAGCGAUGAAGAUUCUCAGUGUAAACCUUUGCUAGAGUCCUCCAAUGAAGAUGGUACAUACAGGGCAUUCCCAGUUCUGAUUUAUGAAGACAACGAAGACUCCAUUGUGUGCUCAGUCCCAGAGACGCAGAUCAUUGAACUCAACUCAAAACCAUCACCAGUGGUCAUUCCUAAACAGCUGUCUUAUAUACCUCAAGAUGAUAAACCUGCAAAUGUUGUUGAGCUGAAAAACUUUUGGGAGGAGUGUUCAGGAGGUAGGGCAAGUGCUCCUUGUAGUCCGGUACACUCAAGUAAAGGUUCUUCUGUUGGUUCUCCAUUGAAAACCGCAGGAAGCCAGAAGAAGCCAGAUCCAAUUUCUCCUUCUAAAAUCAUUACCGUCAAAUCCGUCAUAGUUAACGACAAAGGAUUUGUGAGCCAAAGCAGUGCGGAAAGAUCACAGGAAGCACCACAGAGUCCAACCAGAUCUCCAACGAAACGAUCUAAAGAACAAUAUGAUGAAGUGAAGCGUAGCCCGUCCAAAACAUGUCACCCAAGGGUCCUGCCAAGAGAAACGGCAAGCCCUGAAGGAUCUAGACCUGCAUCGCCGUUGAAAACAUUUCCAAUUGUUAUAGAUACAGAUGAGAAGCCAAGACAGAAGAAAAGCCCAUCUCCUGAAGGAAAAAGUAAUCUUGAAAAUACUGAAACUAACUACGUAUCUCCCCUUGCGAGAUCUGUCAUAUCUCAAGAUUAUGAACACUACUUGGGACCACAUGACAAAGCACACGUACCGCCAUUUCAGAGCAUGCAUGCAGAAGAAAUUGGUGAUCAAAACAGACCACAAAGCCCUCUCAGAGAGUUUGUGGCUAACCAAAGUGGGAACAAGGAUCCCAGAGUCAGUUCCUGGAUUGAACAGAUUAAAGAUUGCAGUGAUGACACAUCUACGAAGGCUUGGUCUCUGGCUCGGGCAAGUUCAGGCAAUUAUGGGGAGAAGUCUGGCCCGGUCAUGUCUGCUCUGAAACGGUUAUCAUCUAAAAUGUCCUCCUCCAAAAGUCUGGAAGAUCUCACCACCUCAACACGGGAAGAAAAAGAACACAUGAACAGAAGUGUGGAUGAUGUUUCAGAAAUGCCUUCAGCAGACUCUUUUGCCACCUCCAAGAAAUCAAGCGCCUCUGUGCCGGCCUUUCAGCUGGACGAGACCGACAGUGACAGUCCUUUUGAGAACAAUAUGAGCUGGAGGAGGAACACUGGGAGCUCCACGUCCAACGUAAGCCUUUCCUCUGGCAUGGCGUCGAUGUCCUCUGUGAGUGGGAGCAUGACCAGUAUCUACCACGCAGACCUGGGAGAUGUUGAUGUCCAGGGCACUAUUCAGUUUGCGGUCAACUACAUCCAAAAGCUGGGAGAGUUUCAUAUCUUUGUGGUGCACUGCAGAGGUCUGGCACUAGGGGACGCUAAGAAGAGCCGCUCCGACCCAUAUGUCAAAUGUUACCUUCUGCCUGAUAAAACCAAACUUGGUAAAAGGAAGACCUCAAUCAAGAAGAAGACUGUAAACCCUACCUAUAAUGAAAUCCUUCGGUUUAAAAUAUUGCUGGAAGUUUUAAAAUCUCAACAUCUGAACGUGUCAGUUUGGCACAAUGACACUUUUGGGCGUAACAGUUUCCUUGGAGAAGUGGACUUGGAUUUGUCAGAAUGGGACUUCAGUAAUGCCCAGAUCAAUGAAUAUGCGCUGAAAGCCAGGUCAGCCUCUUCAGCUCUGACAUCCACCCCCUCUCCCACUCGCUCAGUGGACAGCAGAGGGCAAAUGAGAGUUGCCCUGCGAUUUCUGCCCCAGACCUCCCCAAGUAAAAGAAAAUCCAGGAAUGAAACUGGAGAAGUCCAGAUUUGGGUGAAGGAUUGUAAGAAUCUUCCACCAAUCAGAGGAGUCAUCAUCGACCCUUUCGUCAAAUGUACUGUUCUUCCGGACACGAGCAGGAAGAGCCGUCAGAAGACUCGUGUGGUGAAGCGGACAGCAAACCCCAUGUUUAACCACACCAUGGUCUAUGACGGCUUCAGACCUGAGGACUUGAGAGAGGCCUGUGUGGAGCUCACUGUGUGGGACCAUGACAGGCUCAACAACCACUACAUCGGAGGGGUCAGACUGGGGCUAGGCACAGGGAAGAGUUAUGGAGUAGAUGUGAACUGGAUGGACUCAACCACAAGUGAAGCCCACCUGUGGAAGAGGAUGCUGGAGUCUGACGGUGAAUGGGUGGAGGAGAUUUUACCCCUGAGAAUGCUGCUGAUGGCAAAAAGCAUGGCCAAGUGACCCUGAGAUGUACUGAGACAAAGAAAAAAUAUGGACCAGCUAUGUUAAACUAAUAGUGGAAUUUAACUUUGAGGAAAAUGCCAUCCUCACACAUAAGCUUAGCAAAAAUAUUGCAACAAGAGAUGAGUAAUAGACCUGGGGCUCUCCUUGAGUUUCACAAUGUUGAAAAAUCAGGACUGUUGCUUAAUGAUUAACAAAAUUAAAUCUUGUCUGGGAAAAAGUCACAUAUAACGGGAAGCUCAAACACAGGAACUUUCAACUUUCAUUUAUGUAUUAUAAAUCUGACCAUUUCCUUUGAUUAAAGACAUAUGCUCUUGAUAACAAAUUAUUAAAAUAUAUAAAAUAUAUUCUCCCCAAUGUCUUGGUAUUAUAAUUCAAAAUAAUUUAUUUAUGUUAAUCUUAAAAUGGUAACAAGUGCUUGUGAUGUGCAUAUGAUUUUUAGGCUUUUGUACCAUUAUUUUAUUUUCCUGCUUAAUGUGCUUAAAUUGCCCCUCAGGGACAAAUAAAGUGAUACUGAUGAUGAUCUAUGAUUUAAUAUUUUAACCUAUGGUAAUAAACUGUACACAAACAAA